GGGAAAGGUCAUUUGUAAAUGAGAAAGCUGCACAUUUGUCCUGGGCCCUCCAAAGUGCACCCAUAAGUUGCAUCUUCCAGAAGGCCCACCUUAUGCCUUGAGUACACCUUUGCUGCACUGAUCUUUCUGCUGAAUAGGUGCCCCAUCCCCCAGCCCAAUGCUUCACAGGGCCUUAGAGUGAUAAGGAAUCCUGGAACCCUGCUCUUCUUAGAACUAAGGUGGGGAAGGGGGUGGGAGGCCACUCCCUGACCUGCUGCUUGACCUUGAUGAGACCUUGGCCCCUCAGUUUCUCAGACUUCUGCUGGGCAUGACCUUAGCACCACUGGGCCAGGGAUGGGGGUGGGGGAACCUUUAUGGCUGCUAGGCACGGGCUGUGGCAGGGCUGUGUGCCUGGCUUCUUUCUCCCCCAACCCUAUUAGUCCCGGGCUGGCCGCCCGCUCUUAUUCACCACAAAGCUGGGUUUCCCUGGGGACCAGUGGACUGGCCUAGCCCCACACCCCUGCCACAGCCCCUCCUGGCCACAGCUCACACUGGGAGGAGGGGUAGAGACUGAGCCACCUCCUGGACCCUGCCCUGCCUGUCAAGGCCCAGCAGCUUCCGUCCACUGCUGGGCUAAGAGGAAGGAAUAGUGUUUGCUUUUGGAGGAGGUAGGUGUCCAGGGACUGCCAGCCAGGGUGGAGGCUGAGGCCAGAGAGAACCCUGUGUCACUCACAUUGGAAUAAGAAGAAAUCCAAGGACCAGGAAGGCUCUGUCUUGCCCAAGGUCCUAGAGGCAGUUCCAACUGGGAUGGCAACUCCAGCAUUUCUAAGGGCAGCAGGAGACCUAGUCCCAUGGGGGGCACCCUAGACCUCCGACAGACCAACCAUCUGUGCCCCUGCCUGCCUGCUGGUCCUCAGGUCACUCACCAUGGGCGGCUGCUUCUCCAAGCCCAAGCCAGUGGAACUCAAGAUUGAGGUGGUGCUGCCUGAAAAGGAGCGGGGCAAGGAGGAACUGUCAGCUAGUGGGAAAGGCAGCCCCCGGGCCUACCAGGGCAAUGGCACAGCCCGUCACUUCCACACUGAAGAACGCCUGCCAGCCCCCCACCCCUACCCCGGCCCUCAGGACUGCGUGGAGGCUGCUGUCUGCCAUGUCAAGGACCUGGAGAAUGGCCAGAUGCGGGAAGUGGAACUGGGCUGGGGAAAGGUAUUGCUGGUGAAAGACAAUGGGGAAUUCCAUGCCCUGGGCCACAAGUGUCCACACUACGGUGCACCCCUGGUGAAAGGAGUGUUAUCCCGUGGCCGGGUGCGCUGCCCCUGGCAUGGCGCCUGCUUCAACAUCAGUACUGGGGACCUGGAGGACUUCCCAGGCCUGGAUAGUCUGCACAAGUUCCAGGUGAAGAUUGAGAAGGAGAAGGUGUACGUCCGAGCCAGCAAGCAGGCCCUACAGCUGCAGCGAAGGACCAAGGUGAUGGCCAAGUGUAUCUCUCCAAGUGCUGGGCACAGUGGCAGCACCAAUGUGCUCAUUGUGGGCGCAGGUGCUGCUGGCCUGGUGUGUGCAGAGACACUGCGGCAGGAGGGCUUCUCAGACCGGAUCGUCCUGUGCACGCUGGACCGGCAUCUCCCCUAUGACCGGCCAAAGCUCAGUAAGUCCCUGGAUGCACAACCUGAGCAACUGGCCCUGAGGCCCAAGGAGUUCUUCCGAGCCUAUGGCAUCGAGGUGCUCACUGAAGCUCAGGUGGUCACGGUGGAUGUGAGAAACAAGAAGGUCGUGUUCAAGGACGGCUUCAAGCUGGAGUAUAGCAAACUGUUGUUGGCACCAGGAAGCAGCCCUAAGACCCUGAGCUGCAAAGGUAAAGAAGUAGAGAAUGUGUUCACUAUCCGGACGCCUGAGGAUGCCAAUCGUGUGGUGAGGCUGGCCCGGGGCCGCAAUGCAGUUGUCGUGGGAGCUGGCUUCUUGGGUAUGGAGGUGGCUGCCUAUCUAACUGAGAAGGCCCAUUCUGUGUCUGUGGUGGAGCUGGAGGAAACGCCCUUCAGGAGAUUCCUGGGGGAGCGUGUUGGCCGUGCCCUCAUGAAGAUGUUUGAGAACAACCGGGUGAAGUUCUACAUGCAGACAGAGGUGUCAGAGCUGCGGGCUCAGGAGGGAAAGCUGAAGGAGGUUGUGUUGAAGAGCAGCAAGGUCAUUCGGGCUGAUGUCUGCGUGGUGGGCAUUGGUGCGGUGCCUGCAACGGGCUUUCUGAGGCAAAGUGGCAUUGGUCUGGAUUCCCGAGGCUUCAUCCCUGUCAACAAGAUGAUGCAGACCAAUGUCCCAGGUGUGUUUGCAGCUGGUGAUGCUGUCACCUUUCCCCUUGCCUGGAGGAACAAUCGGAAAGUGAACAUCCCCCACUGGCAAAUGGCUCAUGCCCAGGGGCGCGUGGCGGCCCAGAACAUGCUGGCUCAGGAGGCGGAGAUCAGCACGGUGCCCUACCUGUGGACUGCUAUGUUCGGCAAGAGUCUGCGCUACGCGGGCUACGGAGAAGGCUUUGAUGACGUCAUCAUCCAAGGGGAUCUGGAGGAGCUGAAAUUUGUGGCUUUUUACACCAAAGGUGAUGAGGUGAUCGCUGUGGCCAGCAUGAACUAUGAUCCCAUCGUAUCCAAGGUGGCUGAGGUGCUGGGCUCUGGUCGUGCCAUCCGGAAGCGGGAGGUGGAGCUGUUUAUGCUGCACAGCAAGACUGGCGACAUGUCUUGGCUCACAGGGAAAGGAUCCUGAGUUCAAGUGUAGUGGAUGUGGGCAGGCACGGUGGGGUACCAGGGACAAAGGCCAAGCCCUGGGGGCAGGUGCCAAUCUCCAAUUUCCCAGCAUCCCUCAGGGCAGAAUUUGAGCCUUCCCAAUGCUUGCCUUUGGCUGCCUGGCUCCCCUCCAGAGUGGCCUCCGCUGCCUCCAGAAGAUGCUCAGACACCAGGGCCUCAGCUGCCACUGACAGCUGGCACUGGAGGUGGGACAAACCCUGCCUCUUUUCCCUCUGUUGGGACUGGUUCCCUGGAGGUCCCUGCAACAUGUUAGACAUUAUCUUAAAAUUAAAAUGCAUAUAU